AUGCACCUCCCGCUUCCCGCGCCGCUGCUACAUCCAUUGCCCGCGCGCCUGCCCCGGCCGCUCGUGCUGAGCGCGUACGACGGCGUGCUCGACCCCGACCUGUUCGAGGCAGCCGGCGAGUUAGGGCGCGGCGGGUUCGGCACGGUGAUGGCGAUGCGGCACGUGGAGAGCGGCGAGGUGGUUGCGGUGAAGCGCGUGGAGCGCAAGCAGCUGGUGGCGGCGUCGAACGAGGCGAUGCUGUCGGCGUCGCUGAGCGAGUGCCCGGGUGUGUUGGGCGUGCGCGAGGUGCAUCUGGCCGACCAGCACGCGUACAUGCUCUCCGAUGUGUGCCAUGGCGGCGACCUCCGCGCCCUGCUGCAGCGACGCAAGGCUGCCGCAAGCAGCAGCACGGGGGACGCGGGGAGAGGCAAGGGGAGGCAGUGGUGGGGGAAGGCGAGCGGGGAAGGCGGGCGGGGAGGGGGGAUGGCGGAGGCGGAGGCGCUGGAAGUGGUGAAGCACGUGGGCGACGCCGUGGCGUUCUGCCACGAGCGAGGCGUGAACGCCACGGCGUCGCCCACGUGCUUCACCACUUCCAGCGCCUCCGCCUCCGCCAUCCCCCCUCCCCGCCCGCCUUCCCCGCUCGCCUUCCCCCACCACUGCCUCCCCUUGCCUCUCCCCGCGUCCCCCGUGCUGCUGCUUGCGGCAGCCUUGCGUCGCUGCAGCAGGGCGCGGAGGUCGCCGCCAUGGCACACAUCGGAGAGCAUGUACGCGUGCUGGUCGGCCAGAUGCACCUCGCGCACGCCCAACACACCCGGGCACUCGCUCAGCGACGCCGACAGCAUCGCCUCGUUCGACGCCGCCACCAGCUGCUUGCGCUCCACGCGCUUCACCGCAACCACCUCGCCGCUCUCCACGUGCCGCAUCGCCAUCACCGUGCCGAACCCGCCGCGCCCUAACUCGCCGGCUGCCUCGAACAGGUCGGGGUCGAGCACGCCGUCGUACGCGCUCAGCACGAGCGGCCGGGGGCAGGCGCGCGGGGCAAUGGAUGUAGCAGCGGCGCGGGAAGCGGGAGGUGCAUGGACUGCAGCCGGCACCGGUUUCGCGGGUUUAGCGACAGCAGCGGCAGAGUCGCCGGAGCUGGAAAGCGACGAAGCGACGGACGAAGCCGAGAGGACUGACGAGGCGACGAGGUCAACUUUGACCGGCGUGGGUCCCGUUGACGAGGUCAACGCCUCGGACGGCGCGUACCACGAUGCGGUGACGAGACCUGCCAGCACAAACGCGGAGGAGAAACGGUUGGCACUUGCGUGCUAA